AUGGCCGAGUUAGAACCCGACUUCCAGCUCCGCGUCUGGAGAUACACAUACACCGAGCGCAGCGGCGGCGGGACCAUCUUGCUCAAUUCUCCCCAGGAGUCCCAAGACGAACGGCACGAUACCCUUGUCCUUCGCCAGGUGAACUCGGACGCCGAGAACAAGGUAUGGAUACAAGAACAGGCCUCGCGGUUCUUCAGAAGACAUGGCCAGGCCUCUGCAGAACCCCUAAUGGACGACGCCCAUGGCGUUCUCGUCCGCGAUGGCCACGCGUGGACUAUCCCCAAGCAGGGCGAAAAGGCCGUCACCCACGAGUACUGCCGGGGAGAUAGGGUGUGGAUCGACCGCAGCCUGGUCCCGACACACAACAUCGAGAAGGACGGAAACAAGAUCCCAGUCGUUGACCUAGAAUCCUUCAGCAUAUUCGAGGUUCCCUUCGACUACAUCUCCUUCGUUCCCCAGCUCGUCAAGAAGGACGGCUCCGGAGAACAACACGCCGUGGCCGUUGGCCCUAUCCUCAACACCUUCAUAGGCAAGCGCAAAGCCAAGACCCAGAUCUACUUCCGGUGGCCGGCUGACAAGCCGGACCAGGUGUCGUACGUCUGGCUGAACAGGAAGGACAAGAACGACCUAAAAGAGAUAAAGGCCUUUGUCGAAAUCGAAUGCGAGGUCCAAAAGCAGGAAGCAUUUAGAAACCACUGGCAGGCACUGACAAAAAAGCUCGCAAGGCUGGGGCUGCUGUUUGGCGACGAGAUUGUCGACGGCCCCGAGGACCUCUUCGAUUCGUCCAGCGACAGCGAAGGCGAGGAUCUCGCCCUCCACUGGAAGAUGGGACCGUCAGAGGAGAACUGCUGUAAUAUGAACCCGUGUCCGGCCUUCAACAACCCCGAGCUGGAUCUCGUCGCCACAUACAUCGGCGGCUACCAGUGGAUGGAGCACUACCACGUCCAGGACGAAGACACGGACGAAUGCCCCCGCGGCGCUGAGCACAAGGGACACUGCAUCCUGCGCGACGACCGGACGAGAUGCGCCUACGCUACGGAUCGCGUGCGCCACACGUGCUGCAAGCUCCGGACGAAUCCCCUCCUCCCAGGCCCGUACGGCGAUCCGGACGAUAUGACGUUGUCGCUGUGGGAGACGACGGCCGCAGACGACAACUUCAUCGACGUGUCGGGGAAUGUGCGGACGAGGAUGCAGUUGGAGGACCGCGACGAGAUUCCGCCCGAGAUGGAACGUCUGAGACAACAG